AUGGGGUACGAAGAAGUAUCAAAGUCAUAUCGCGCUUACGACAUUGAAGCGGACCAAGUGGUGAUAUCUCGCGAUGUCACAUUCGACGAAUCAACGCUUGGUUUCUCGCCGAGGCUACUACAAGAAAUUGUUGAUGACACUGCGCUGGAUAUCGAAUCGAUGGAUAUCAGCGAUGAGCCUCACCCCAUGCAGUUCAAGCAAACUGGAAAACGCAAAAGCCGUUCAAACAGCCAAGAACAAGUUCUACAACGGACACUUCUUGAGCGUCGUGGAACCGGGUUAGAAGAAGCAAGUGCCCCGGAUGACUCUGAAUCGCACCAAGCGAAGCGACGGUCAAGCGCUCGAGACAAUCUGGACGAAGAGCAAAAGGGCAGUGACGAAGAUAACGAGGAUGCUACACCUCAAGUCUUUUGGCGAGCGAGUGCCAAUGCAGUCGAAGGUACUGACUUGUCUGAGCCGACAACGUUUGAAGAUGCUGUUGGUGGACCAGAUCAAGUGCAUUGGCGUAAGGCAAUCUGUGCCGAGUUGGACUCGAUGAAACUUCGUAGCGUGUUUCGAGCGACCAAACUGCCGUCUGGACAGCAUACCAUUGGCACCAAGUGGGUAUUCAAGAUCAAGCGGAAAGCUGAUGGAUCCAUCGAGAAAUACAAGGCGCGUCUCGUGGAAAAAGGGUUCAAGCAGAAAUAUGGCAUCGAAUACACGGAGACGUUUUCGCCGGUAGUCAAGUACGUGACGCUGCGCAUAGUGGUUGCAAUCACGAAGUACUUUGGCUGGACACUGGACCAACUGGACGUGGUGACAGCUUUCCUAUACGGAGAAAUGAAGGAAAAGGUAUUCUGCGCGAUCCCAGAAGGAGUCGAAGUUAAUGAAGACUUUGACUGCUUUGAACUGGUGAAGGCGAUCUACGGACUAAAACAAGCAUCGCGCGUAUGGAACGAGACUUUCUAUGAGUUCGUCUGCUCCAUUGGAUUUCAAGUCUCCGAUUUUGACCCGUGUCUUUAUCUCAAGAUUACAUGUGGCGAGUGCGUGCUUUUGCUGGUAUACGUCGAUGAUGUGUUGGUGACUGGCAGCUCAACCGAACUGAUUAUGCGCACCAAGAGUGACUUAAAGGCGCGUUUCGAAAUGACCGACAGUGGGAAGUGCGCAUUCGUGUUGGGCAUCGAGCUGGUGGACAACGACGACGGUAGCGUGACGAUGUACCAGCGACGCUACGUGGAAGAUGUCCUCAAGCGUUUUGGCAUGAGCGACUGCAAAGCCGUCAUCAGCCCAACACACAUCAGUUCUCGACUCAUACCAAGUACCGCAGCAACUAAAAUCGACGCUCCGUUUCGUGAAGCAGUAGGCGCUCUGAUGCACUUGAUGACCGCGACACGACCGGACAUUGCCUUUGCUGUGAGUUACGUUUCGCGCUUCAUGGAGAAACCCCAAGUCGAGCAUUGGAUUGCGGUCAAGCGCAUUUUGCGAUACUUACAAGGGACUAAGUCGCACGGUAUCUGUUUCAAGCCUGAUGACAAGAUAGACUUCUGUGGCUACUCGGAUGCAGACUGGGCCGGCGACCAUGCAGACCGCAAGUCGACUUCAGGAUACGCGUUUAUCCUGAUGGGUGCUCCGGUGAGCUGGGGAAGCAAAAAGCAGUCAAGUAUGUCGCUUUCAACAAGUGAAGCCGAGUACAUUGCACUAAGUCUGGCGAUUCAAGAAGGCAAGUGGGUGCAUCGAUUGCUGUGCGAGAUUCUGGAUGCCGCAGAGGACAAGUCUGGACCCGAGCUCAAGAUCAUGGAAGACAACCAGUCGUGCAUCAAGAUGACGAAGAAUCCGGUGAACUAUGGUCGGGCCAAGCACAUCGACGUCAAGUACCACCACAUUCGUGAUGAAAUCAAGCGUGGUGAUGUCAAGUUGGAGUACUGUGAAACUACGAUCAUGUUGGCGGACAUCAUGACGAAGGGACUGCCAGGACCGCGUCACAAGGACUUGACGACAGCGCUCGGCAUACACGCGUGUUUGCAUUGA